UGUGUGAUUGGGAUGGAGUUUUAAUUUUCAGUGUGAGACCGAGAGAGAGGUCUCCGUCAAGAAAUCAUCAACAUCCAUCCAACAUCCGUCCAAGGGGAUGGAUUCAUCAAUAAAUAAUUAUAAUAAGAAUAGUAAAAGUGUAAAUUUGCCGUGUGUGUGUGUAUGUGGACGGAAAAUAAGAUAAAUUUUAGUAUUAAAGACUAGGUAAAAGUGGGUGGACUUAAAGACGGAAUUAUGACACUUGGUGGCCAGCACUCCCAGUCAGAGUCCGUCAUGUUGGCUUACAACAAACGGAAAGCGCAGUUGGACCGAUGGAAGGAAUCGGAAACGGAUAAGGAGAGUCAUGAAAUCAAAAAUCGACCUAAACGGGUCAAGUUCGCGGAUAAGUGUAUUUUCCAAGCGGCAUGUGCAGCCAAUGAUAAGUUGCAAGUGGCUAAAAUGAUCAAAGAUGGGUAUGAUAUCAAUGCCGUGGAUGAGGAUGGGAUCACUGCGCUUCAUCAGGCCUGUAUUGAGGACAACUUGGAAAUGGUUGAGUUUUUGCUCAAGCAUGGUUCCGACGUCAAUAUAAGUGACAACGAAGGCUGGACUCCUCUCCAUGCUGUGGCUACCUGCUGUUACGUCUCUAUCGCCAAAGUGCUACUUGAACAUGGCGCGAAUGUCACUGCGCUAAACAACGACUGCAGUAUACCGCUAGAUAUUUGUAAAAGCGACGAAAUUAGAGAAAUAUUCAUCCAGGACAUCAACGCCAAAGGAAUCGAUUUGAAGGAGGCCAGACGAGGUGAAGAACUGCGAAUGGUAGAAGACGUCAAGCGCUGGUCCAGCAAUGGUUAUUCCGAAGAACCCCAUCCAAUUACUGGUGCGACGGCGCUUCACGUUGCCGCAUGCAAAGGUUACAUCAAAGUUCUAGAUCAAAUUAUCAAAGCCGGUGCGAAUAUCAAUGUAACAGAUGUCGAUGGUUGGACUGCAUUACACGCUGCGGCACACUGGGGUCAGAAAGAAGCAUGUGAAAUUUUAUUAGAAAAUAACUGCGACACUUCAAUUAAAGAUAGCUGUGAUCAAACAGCGCUAGAGAUUGCUGAUAGUAGUGUCCUUCCAGUGUUUGAACAGUUCAAAAGAAAGCGUGACAUUAAUAAAAACUUGGAAAAAACUACGACCAAUAUCCACUUAGUCGGCCCAGUGAUUCAAAUCCAACGAAAACCAACCGAGAAAGACAAACUUCGAAAGGAAGAGCCUGUAAAAAUCAUCCAAAGCGAUACGGAAAUGACCGAGUCAAAUCAAGCCCUUCUACCAGAACAUAAAUCUGCUGCUGAUUUUGGAGAAAAAUCGAAACCUCUAGCAGCCAAUUUAUUGCCUCCUUCCCCGAUUUCAACCUCAACAGCCCAAAUAAUACCAACGACGUCGUCAUCAACUGAUACAUUCGUUACCACUGCGCUUCAAACGUACCCUACUGGACAAGGAGAGGAGAGUAUGAUGACAUCAGAAGAAAAUUCUCCAUCCUGGCGACGCACUAGUUCGCUGCGUAGUAAAACUAUAACUGUCCCCGGUGAAGAAGUUGUAAAGGAGAAACUACCUGUGCGGCGAACGAAAGCGGAAUUAAUUUCCACGACUGAUACCAGUUUAAGACGGGCGUACAGCUUUGAGUCUGAUCCCAAAUUCUAUACAAGACUGCGAGAUGCGCGGAAUCGAAUUAAGGCUAGCAAUUCCUCUGCAUUGUCUACUAAUACAGCGAUUCUCGAGCACAUUCCAACCGUAACCUCUCCCACUACUGCUAGUCGCAUCCUUCCACCAACAAUCCCUACUCAUCCGAGUUCCCCACUACUACCAACGUCUUUUAACGAAAUAACCUCAUCAACUGAUCUUUGUACUACGAACAAUAAUAACCAGUGUGCUCUAAUUACCUCCAAAUUGCAAGAAGGGUUCGAGGGGGGAACUGUGCCCACUCGCUUUACUCAAAACAGGACUAAGGACGCAGAUACUGUCAAUGCAACGACUACCGGCUCGCCAAGUCUGCCAAAUCGUGGAUCUCAGCAAGAUGUGAAAGUCAGAAGCAGCAAUGAUGGGCAUAUUGUAUAUGGAAGUGCCAAAGUUCCUGGUCCAGUUUCCAAAUUCAAGCAGUUUCUAUUCAAGUUGGGCGAUUGGGAUGACUUAAGUCAAAACCAAAAUCUAAUUCUCGUAUCAGGAUCGUUUGUUCCUCCUACUCGUGACGAAGAAUCAGAAACACAGCGAAAAGCCCAUGCAAAACGUGUUAGAGAAACAAGAAGGUCGACCCAGGGCGUUACGCUGGAGGAAUUAAAAUCUGCCGAACAGUAUGUUAAAAACAGCUUAUUAGGAACCGCCGCCGUAGCAUCGACGGAGCAGGCUACAACUCCUGUUCCUACACCAGUACCUGCAAUUGUACCCACUUCUCGUAAAGAGGAUGAAGCCAGCGUUGAAAGACGCCCGUCCUGGCGAUUACGAAUUGACGAAACGGAUCCCAGUAAAUUUUCUCUCGAGGACACGAGAAGUUUGCCCCCUACUAAAAACAGUGGCUCUGGUCCUGAUAUGGCCGUCCAACGCAGUUCCUCUCUGAGAAAUAGAGUGGCGAGUAACCGAAGUGAACACGGCGUUCAUGGCAAACCUCCAAAGCCUCCGGAAGGCACUGAAAUGCAAACCAACAAGAACGUGACGGAGGAUGAGAAAGAGAAAGACAUGAAAAACUCUGGGGCUCAAGGGGCAAUCCUUCGAAAGAAGAAGACAAAGCGACGUUCGACCGGAAUUGUUCAAUAUAAUCAGGAUGGGACCGAGAUCUCUCAGGCAAUAUCUAGCAGUGACAUUGAGGUUGGGUCCGGACCUUCCAGUGACCUUGAUCAGCCACAGGAUUCUUCGAAAAGUGAGAACGGCGUCAACAGCGCUAUCAAUUACAGAAAGUUAUACGAAGAGGUUCUGAAGGAAAAUCAGUUGCUAAAAGGCCGUCUUACCAAAGCAGAGGAAGACAUGACAGAUUUAAAAGUAAAAAUGGAACGCGUAUCUCUCACACCCCGAAUUACAUCCGAAGAUGCUGAUCGAAGAGAAAAAAGGGCGUUGGAACGUAAAUUAUCCGAAAUGGAAGAAGAACUCAAGCAAAUUCAAAAGUUGAAGUUGGACAAUGAGAAGUUGAAAGCAGAGAAUCGGGCCUUAACCCGAGUAGUUUCCAAGUUGAGUGGUGCUAGCGCUGGCGCUCGACUCAACUCCGACUCCGCUACUCCUACAGGAAAUGGUCCAAAGGGAUGAGAUUUUGCAGCGCUGUUAACUUAUUACUAUCUUCAACAGGAUUGCAUUAUGUCCAAUAUCCAAUAGGAAUCCAGAAUUUUCAGGACAGAAAACCAGAAGCUUCGAGAUGAGAACGGAGCACUGAUUCGAGUCAUUAGUAAACUAUCAAAGUAACCUAUCCCUGUAUUGCGAAUGUGUUAGAUAAACGUAUCACGAAGUAACCUUUAGGAAGGAGGAGAGAUGGCACAAAAUUUAUUGUGAGAUUUACCCAACAACCAACCAAUGAUCUACCUUGUAUUACUUAAACUAAACCUAACUAACGGUAUUAUCAGGUUUUUAUCCAUGUUUGCCAAUUUCAGGAUCAAUUUCAUGAAUGCAACUGUUUUUAAGUAAAUUAAACAAAUUUUAGUCCGUGAUUGCGAUCUGCGAGUGUUUUAUUGUGAAUGAAAUAUGAAAUGAAAUAAUUUUUGAAUGUGGUAGACUGAUUUUAAUUUAUCUCCAGUUCUUCCAUAUAUAGUCCAUGUCCACACAUGCACACACAUAUAUAUACAUGAUGUGGAUGUAUGGUUUUUAUAAUAGAGACAGAAUACCAAAAGCCUUCAAUAUGUGUGCCUACCUACAAGCAAAAUGGGGCCCAGUAACGCAUUCUUCGUGUCUUCGUAUUUUAAAAAAAUCACUGAUCUUAAUAUUAGUUCUUUUAUGCAAAAGAAUGUCAACUUUUGUACAAUAUUGGCUAGUAGGAUAUUUAUGUUUUUAAACCACCGAGUACUAAUUUUAGCAAAUCAAAGUUUCAAACCGCAAUAAAAAAAACUUUGAAUAAAUAGUUUACAGUAA